UCUUCCCCUCCCUUCUGUAUCCCCCAACCUCUCUCUUUUCUCUCUCCCUAUCCACUCAAACGUUGUACUGUAGGAUAUCAGACUCCUCCUUUGCAGAGCAAAUCUGUUAUGGCAUCUCAAGGCACCCAGACCUCUCAUACUGCAUGCCUAAGCUGCUGAACAGUACAGCUGGUGUUGAGGUUUCUUCAAUCUCCUCCCUUUAGACCAAACUAGUUUAUCUAGUUUUACAAGAAACUCUGUAUAGUUUAUAGUAUAGUUUGUAAAGAGUCUUUAUAGGAAGCAGAGGGAGUAGAGAGCAGUAUCAAGAAAGAUUCCUGCUCAUCACUUACGAAAAAACAGCCAACAUCCAAGUCCCCCCUUCCUCCUAUUUUUUCGUGCAGUGGACCGCAGAGAGAUGGCAACAAUGCGCCCAGAAAGGAACACUCUAUCUUGGCUUUGCCUUGUCCUCCUGCUAGGCUUCUCCAUGUCCACUUCAGGGGCCUGGAACCUGGUUUUACUCCACACCAACGACGUACACGCUCGGGUAGAGGAGACUAGUAAACACGCCGGGAAAUGCAGUAUUAGCAGCAGCGGAUGCUUCGCUGGGGUGGCCCGGAGAGCCACGAUGAUCAAGAGGAUCCGCAGCAACGAGAGCAACGUCCUGCUCCUGGAUGCCGGAGACCAGUUCCAAGGGACUAUCUGGUUCAACCACUACAAGGGAGCUGAGGCUGCACAUUUUAUGAACAAACUCGGGUAUGAUGCCAUGGCUUUGGGAAAUCACGAGUUUGAUAACAAAGUGGAAGGACUUAUGAAACCGUUCUUGGAGCAGAUCAAGUUUCCAGUUCUCAGUGCCACCAUCAAACCAGACGAAACUCUGGCAUCGACAUUUGGCAGCUCUUUUCUACCUUACAAAGUCCUUACAGUUGGCAGCGAGAUGGUGGGCGUGGUGGGAUAUACAACACAAGAAACUCCUCAAGUGUCCCAGUCUGGACCACACCUGAAGUUUAUGGACGAAGUGACUGCUCUGCAGCCACAGGUGGAUGAACUGAAGAAGCAGGGAGUCAAUAAGAUCAUCGCCUUGGGUCACUCAGGCAUUGAUGUGGAUAAGGAAAUCGCAAAGAAGGUCAGCGGAGUCGACAUCGUCAUUGGUGGACAUAGCGAUACUUUCCUCUAUACAGGUGACCCUCCCUCUACAGAAGUCCCUACUGGUCUUUAUCCACUCAUGGUGGAAUCAGAUGACAGGCGGCAGGUUCCUAUUGUGCAGGCCUACGCCUUUGGAAAAUAUUUGGGUUAUCUGAACGUGACCUUUGAUAAUGAUGGAAAUGUGUUGAGGGCCACAGGAAACCCCAUACUGCUGGACAGCAGCGUCCCACAGGAUCCAGAAGUUCUUGCAGAUGUGGAGGAAUGGAAAAAGGGUCUGGCCAACUAUUCAACUCAGGUGGUGGGAAACACUCUGGUCUUCCUAAAUGGGACCCGUGAGGAGUGUCGAUUUCGGGAAUGUAAUCUGGGAAACCUGAUCUGUGAUGCCAUGGUUGACAACAACAUCAGGUUCUCAAAUGGUCUUCAAUGGAACCACAUUGGUGCCAGUAUUGCCAACGGAGGAGGCAUUCGCACAUCUAUUGACGAACGUGCAAGGAAUGGUUCAAUCACCAGUGAAGACCUGAUCGCAGUUACACCUUUUGGAAAUACUGUUGACCUGGUGGAGCUUAAGGGCACCACGCUGUUCAAAAUCUUUGAACACUCUGUGAAACGAUAUGGUCAGAGCAGUGGAGAGUUUCUCCAAGUAUCUGGUUUUCGUGUAGAGUUUGACCUCUCUAAACCUGAGGGGAAUCGUGUAACAAGCCUCACUACCCUCUGCGUAAAAUGUCGAGUACCUCGCUACGAACCUGUUCAUCCAGAGACCAUUUAUAAAGUGCUGAUGCCGUCCUUCAUAGUGCAGGGUGGAGAUGGAUACUCCAUGAUCCCAAACGAGAUGCUCAGUCACAACACUGGGAAUUUGGACGUGUCAGUCGUGUCCGAAUACAUUACAAAAAAUCAGAAACUUUAUACGUCUCUAGAAGGACGCAUCCAAAUCCUCAACUCAAGCUCUGGACAAACCACUGCACUCAACUCAACUUUUGUCCAAACCACUCCACUCAACUCAACUUCUGGAAAAACCACUCCACUCAUCAACUCAGCUUUAGGACAAACCACUCCACUGGCUUUACUGGUCUCACUUGGGCUGCUGUGGUCUCUGUGUGGGAGCAUGUAAGGCUGACUUUACCCAGAAACACAAAAAGCACAGGUCAUCCACAAUUCUCCAGUUUCAUCUUUACUUUAUUUCAUUUGCCUCAAUGUCUGUUGACCUCUUUUAACAGUUUCUGGGUCUUUCUUGUGUUUUCUCUUCUCUUAUGGGUUCAAUGUUAGAGACAGUCAAGUUACAUUGAUUUUGGGUGUGGGGUGUGUCUGUUCUGUCUUGGAUUUUCAUCUCUGAUGUUUUUUGGUGAACGAGGCUGUCAAAGGCUUUCUGAAAGUUUAUGAAUGUGAUUUAAAUAGAUGUGGUCCAGAAAUAUAUAAUAAUAUGUAUGAUUAUACUUUAAAUCCAUUUUAGUGGGAAAUGUUCAUAUAUAAUUCCUUUCUUAUGUUUCUUUGUUGGCAGUUUGAAAAAUACUGAUACAUGACAAAGCUAUUAUGGCUUUAAAAUAAAUAUGGUUUGACUCCAUUAGCUUGAUUGAUUUAUACUUUAGCUCACUAAUAUAUUUGCAAAAAUAAGCCAUUUUGUUAUGUAUAUAU